UUGGCUGGCAAACUAGGACCCAUAUCUCAAGGCCGAAUCCCCGGCCGCCAUCACCACCACCACCACCACCACCACCACAACAAAAAUGGAUAAAUAUUGUAUGCAGUCAACUACAGAACACAGACCGCGGUGGUAGCGGCCUUGUAGCACACCAUUGGCUUGAUUUGCACGGCGCGCAGUCUCGUCUGUUCGCCUCGAUCCGGUUGCCGCCGCUCGGGCGAUCAGUCGUCUCUCGUCGUUCGUGCGGGUGGAGGUUUUGUGAUUAGUCGGCCAUACCAUGUCGGAGAAUAUCGAGGAGAAUAUCGAAGAGAAUAUCGAAGAGAAUACCGAGGAGAAUACCGAGGAGAAUACCGAGGAGAAUACCGAGGAGUAUUCCGAGGAGAAUACCGAGGAGAAUACCGAGGAGAAUACCGAGGAGAAUACCGAGGAGAAUAUCGAGAAGCAUAUCGAGGGGCAAAUUCUGGAACUCAUCGAUACCAGGCGACUGAGGCCGUAUAAAUACCCGAGAAUCGUGUACAGAGGGUACCUGUUCCAUUACCACAAGUUAUGCAAAAAUCACAUCCGAUGGAAAUGUAACCGUGUUUAUUCCACAAACUGCCAGGCUGUUAUUCGAUCGACACUAGAUAUGGAUAACCCAAAACUUGUUCAAUUCGAUCACUAUCAUAUACACGGUGACGACGCUCAAUCAAUUUUACAAUUAAAAAUGAAAAUAUUGGCACUCCGUUCAACAACCCAGUUUCAGAAUAAUACCAAGUUUAAAUCGAAGAAAGGUUUUAUGGAAAUUAAAUUAAAUGUUGAAGAUAUACCUAUGGACAAUAAAAUGCUUAAACUGAAAAAUGGUUAUGCUGACAUUAAUUUUAGUGAAGAGGAUUUAGCUCUGAACAAUACAAUGCUUAAACCAAAGAAUGAUUAUGCUGACAUUAAUGAUGAAGAAGAUAAACAUAAUAAACUUGUUACAUUUUGUACUUCUUAUAAUCGAAAGUUUUUUGAUCAUCCACUUGAUCCUGAUUACGAACAUAGAUACACAGAUGAACGUGAACAAAUAAUCAAAAAUAAAAACAUAAAUGAUAUAAGUUUCGAUUUUGAAUGUCCAAAAAUUAGAAUUACAAGAAAUACAAGUAAACAAAAAAAAAAUUCUGAUCCUGUUUACGAACAUAGACACACAGAUGAACGUGAACAAAUAAUCAAAAAUAAAAACAUAAAGGAUAUAAGUUUCGAUUUUGAAUGUCCAAAAAUUAGAAUUACAAGAAAUACAAGUAAACAAAAAAAAAUUGCCAUGAAUAGUGUUGAAAAUGACAUGACAGAAAAUAGUAUAAGGUGUUCUUCUUUCAAUGACAAGAUCAACAUUUUUAACAAAGAUCAUAAGAAAAAAUUGCCAAAAAAACAAAACUUGAUUGUUAGUAAGAAGAAGAAAAAUCAUGAACAAAUGAAUGAAUGUACUUUGCUUAGAAAUACAGAUACAGAAAAAAAUGUUUCGAUUACUUUAACAGACGAAAAAAUAAAGAAUAAGACAAUUAAUACAAGCGAUGAAAAAAAUUCUUUGAAUAUUAAUAGAAACAAAGAUAACAACACUUUGACUAGUAGUAAUACAUAUGAAGAAAUAAAUCCAUCAACUAGUAUUAAUCAUAAAGAAACCAACACAUCGACUACUAAUAUUUCGACUAGUAAUGAACAUAACAAAAUAAAUAUGUUAACUACUAGUACUCAAACUAGCAAAGAAAAAAAUGCAUUGUUUAGCAAUAUAAUCGAAGAUAAAUAUACUUUGACUAGUUAUACACAUGAAGAAAUAAUUACAUUAACUAAUAAUACACAUACUGACAAAGAAAAAAACUUAUUCAUUAAUAAUAUGAAUAAAGAUGAAAAUACUUUGACUAAUAAUAUAACCAAAGAUAAAAAUUCUUUAAUUGCUUGUAAUACUGGUAAUACACAUGAAAAAAUAAUUAUAUUAACUAGUAAUACUCAUAAUCACAAAGAAAAAAAUGCAUUGAUUAAUAAUACAAAUAAAGAUGAAAAUACCUUAAAUAGUGAUAUAAACAAAGAUAAAAAUACUUUGACUAGUAGUAAUACGUAUGAAGAAAUAAAUCCAUCAACUACUAUUACUCAUAAAGAAAAAAAUUCAUUGACUACUAAUAUUUCGACUGGCAAAAUAAAUAUGUUAACUACUAAUACUCAAACUAUCAAAGAAAAAAAUACAUUGCUUAAUAAUAUAAAUAAAGAUGAAAAUACAUUGACUAGUAAUAUAAUCAAAGAUAAAAAUACUUUGAUUGCUUGUAAUACUGGUAAUACACGUGAUGAAAUAAUUAUGUUAACUAGUAAUACUCACAAAGAAAAAAAUGCAUCGAUUAGUGAUAUAAAUAAAGAUGAAAAUACUUUGACUGGUAAUACACUUGAAGAAAUGACUAUGAUAACUCCUGAUACUACUCACAAAGAAAAAAAUGCAUCGAUUAGUGAUAUAAAUAAAGAUGAAAAUACUUUGACUGGUAAUACACUUGAAGAAAUUACUAUGAUAACUCCAUGAUACUACUCACAAAGAAAAAAAUGCAUCGAUUAG